AUGGAUAGCAUGAGUGAGGCAUUUGAUCAAAUGCAAAUGGUCAAGGAUGUUCUAGCCAACAGUGAUAAAGUUUCAGAGGUCCUACAAGAGUCUACUCAUCAGUUCAACCUGCUUACUUCACCCACUUUCCUACCAAAGGUCAAGGAUCAAGGGAAAUUCACUCUCCCUUGCACACUUGGGCAUCUUGAGCUUGACAAUGCCUUAGUGGAUUCUGGAGCAAGCAUCAAUCUGAUCUCUCUCUCCAUGGCAGAGAAGCUAGGCAUAGCUGGAGCCUUGCAGCGCCCUACUACUUCAAUCAUGUUUGGAGAUGCAACUUCUAAGUCUCCUCUUGGAGUGUUCAAGAACUAUCACUUGAAAAUUGGAGAAUGCAUCAUCCAAACUGAUCUCACUGUGAUGGAAAUGGAAGAAGAGAAGGAUUUGCCACUGUUAUUGGGAACCCCUUUCCUUAGUACAGUUGGCGCUUCAAUUGACUUUCACAAGCAAGAAGUGAUCCUUCACAAGGUGAAUAGUUUGGUGUCAUAUCGCUUGCAGCCUAGAGAGGACCAAGGAUUGAGAAGCCACGUCUUGAGAGGGCUAGAGUUGAGAAACCACGAUCUGAUAGGAAGAGCUGAGCGACUUGUUCAAGCCCCUUGUGUGCUUGAUGAAGAGAGCCUUCAAGCUUUGUUUGAUGAGCCACUAGGAAGGGCUCUAAAAGAAGGGGAGGAUGUAGCCUCUAAGGCAAGACCAGGGGAUAAAAGAAAAGAUCCACCAGCUCAGGCCCCUUCAUCCAAGCCAUCUCAGCUCACAAUGACUUUGUUCCCCACCAAGUUUGAAAAUGGGAAGAUUGAGUACAAGAUAAGGUACAAGGGGAGAUCAAGGCCAUUCUCUAGAGCCAAAGGCCUUGGUGACUUCAGAACAGUCCAGGGACCCACCAAGCUAAAGGAGCUUCUGUCUCAAGUCCUCACUAUCACCCUUGAUGGUGGGACUAGCUCAACCAAUGCCUAA